AUGUCUUCACCCCCCGAACUCAUCAAGUAUGAUGAGGAUGGUGACCUCAUCCUAUAUGUCGAUGAUGACACGGCCCGGUAUCAAGUUUGCUCGAGAACGCUCGCUCGAUCAUCCCCGGUUUUCAAGAGAAUGCUCCGCGGAGGUUUUGCUGAGUCACGCCCUGUCGACGGGAGCGACUGGAUAGUGGAACUACCCGAUGACAAAAGCGAGCCUAUGCAAAUAUUCCUUAGCAUCAUUCAUGGCCGUCUCAUGGACGUUCCCAAGAAACUGCCUAUUGCUGGUCUUCACGGCCUGCUUGUUCUCACGGAAAAGUACAAUGCUACUGAGGUGUUACGACUAUGGGCGGCGGGGUGGAUCGAGAAUGCCCAUAUCAAUAAGGGAGCCGAAGACCAUUCUAUCAUUGGCAUUGCCUGGGAGCUUGGCCAGGUGGAGCUUUUCCGACAGUUGAUGGAAAAUAUCACCGAGACUUGUACGCUUGACGCCAGUGGCUGUGUCCUUUUUGGAGGUCGCGAGCAAUUUCUCGAUGGGUUCCAGAACGUUUGUUACAAGGGAGAGCAUAAGUUGCCACUCGUCCUUAACUAUCUGGAACCCACGCGAAUGAUUGGUGAGUAA